AUGGAGACGACCAAGCUGCCUCCGUCCAGCCCGUCCUCGCCGACCACCAGCUUCUCGGUGCCGUCCGCGGAGAAGGUGGACGGCUUCCCGCGCAGGUCCAUGCGCAGAGCCCGGCAGAGGAGGUCCCACAGCUCGUCCCAGUUCCGCUACCAGAGCUCCCAGGUGGAGCUCACCCCACUGCCCCUGCUCAAAGACGCCCCGGUGGCAGAGUUACACGACCUGUUCUGUAAGAAGCUGCAGCAGUGCUGCGUGCUGUUUGAUUUUCUGGACUGCGUGGCCGACCUGAAGGGGAAGGAGAUCAAACGUGCAGCACUCAACGAGCUGGUGGAGAGUGUGGCAACUAGCAGAGGAGUCCUCAUAGAGCCUCUCUACCCAGAGGCUAUAAAGAUGAUCUCGGUAAAUAUCUUCCGGACUCUCCCACCCAGCGAGAAUCCAGAGUUUGACCCCGAGGAAGAUGAGCCGACACUGGAAGCCUCCUGGCCGCAUCUGCAGCUGGUGUACGAGUUCUUUCUGCGUUUCCUGGAGAGCCCGGACUUCCAGCCCUCCAUGGCCAAACGCUAUGUCGACCAGAAGUUUGUCUUGCAGCUCCUGGAGCUGUUUGACAGUGAGGACCCCAGGGAGAGGGAGUACCUGAAGACCAUCCUGCACCGUGUCUAUGGAAAACUACUGGGUCUCCGAGCCUACAUCCGCAAACAAAUCAACAACAUCUUCCUCAGGUUCAUAUAUGAAACUGAGCACUUCAACGGAGUCGCAGAGCUGCUGGAAAUCCUCGGCAGCAUCAUAAACGGCUUCGCCUUGCCUCUGAAGGCCGAACAUAAGCAGUUCCUGGUUCGGGUCCUCAUCCCACUACACACAGCAAAGUCCCUUUCCAUCUUCCAUGCACAGCUGGCCUACUGUGUGGUGCAGUUUAUGGAGAAAGAUGCUACAGUCACUGAAUAUAUCAUCAGAGGGCUGCUCAAGUACUGGCCAAAAACCUGCACGCAGAAAGAGGUGAUGUUCCUGGGGGAGAUCGAGGAGAUCCUGGAUGUGAUUGAGCCAUCUCAGUUCAUUAGGGUCCAGGAGCCGCUUUUCAAACAGAUCGCUGCCUGUAUCUCCAGCCCUCACUUCCAGGUAGCGGAGCGGGCACUUUACUUCUGGAACAAUGAAUACAUCCUCAGUCUGAUAGAGGAGAACUGUCAAGUCAUCCUGCCGCUGGUGUUCGCCACCCUCUACAGAGUCUCCAAGGAGCACUGGAACCAGACCAUCGUGUCUCUGAUCUACAACGUGCUAAAGACCUUCAUGGAGAUGAACAGCAAGCUGUUUGAUGACCUCACUGCCUCCUACAAAGUGGAGAAACAGAAGGAGCUGAAGCGAGAGAGGGAGCGUGCAGAGCUCUGGCGAGGCCUGGAGGAGCACCAGGAGCGCCGGAUGCAGAUGCUCACCGAGGCCGCCAGGAACCAGCGCAACCUCCAGGAGCGAGGCGAGAGAGGGGACCCGCCGACCCCUUCGUCCCCGCUGACGGCUCACUCUGACAAGCCCGAGCCCAAACCCAGCGGGGCCUCCUCUGGAGCUGGGGAGAGUGCCACCUAG